CUCAACGUGUUGAGCAACAGAGUCUGAUCUAAAGUUCAAGGCAUUGCCCACGAGUUUGCUUUGGAGCACUGGAAUCUGUCAUUCCUCUUUAACACCGGUGAUCGAGCAGUUUGUAUCAAAGAAGGCUUUUUAAUCAAAGGAGCCAUGGGAGAGUGGGGUUUUCUGUCCUCUCUGCUGAAUAAGGUGCAGGAACACUCCACUGUGGUGGGGAAGGUCUGGCUCAGUGUGCUUUUCGUCUUCAGGAUCAUGGUGCUUGGAGCAGGAGCUGAGAAGGUUUGGGGGGAUGAACAGUCCAAAAUGGUCUGUAACACCAAGCAGCCCGGUUGUAAGAACGUCUGUUACGACCACGCUUUUCCCAUCUCCCACAUACGCUUCUGGGUCCUCCAGAUCAUCUUUGUUUCCACGCCAUCACUGAUCUACCUUGGUCAUGUGUUUCACGUCCUCCACAAAGAGAAGAAAUUAAGAGAGUAUUUAGAAACCCACCCAAACGAGGGGAAUUUGAAAGGACCCAAAUACUCUGAUGAAAAGGGCAAAGUGCAGAUAAAGGGCGACCUGCUGGGAAACUACAUGACCUCUAUCUUCUUCAGAAUCGUGAUGGAGAUCGGCUUCAUUGUGGGGCAGUAUUACCUGUACGGGUUCAUCAUGGAUCCUCAGAUCGUCUGCUCCCGGGCCCCAUGUCCCUUCACCGUAGAGUGCUUCAUGUCCCGGCCCACAGAGAAAUCCAUCUUCAUCAUCUUCAUGCUGGUCGUGUCCUGCGUCUCCGUGGUUCUAAAUGUGGUGGAGAUCUUCUACCUUGCAUGUUCCAGAUCUUCCAGGCGGAGGGCGAAAACGGUGCCGACGACAGCCAUCGCCAUCCAUCCCCGUUUCACCACCGACAGCAUGAUGAAAAAUGAGAAGCUCAGCCGCCAUGACUCCAGCACGGCCUGAAUCACGAUAUUAAGCAGAUCUGAGGGAACAUCUGCAGCCAUACUGUCAGCAGGGGCCGAUAACGCAGUGACUACAAAGGUUGAAUUUGUCAGACAAAAUGUACGAUUAGUUACAGAGAACUGAGUUGUUAUAUGGUGUUCAAUUCCUAAACAUAUUUAUAUGAUUAUAUGAUGUACAUUUUCCAGUUAAACUUGUUUAAUAUAGAACAAAAAUAACAAAUAUCCAUUAGCCUUGAUGUCACAUAAAUAAAUUAUGGAGAGCAAAUGCCUUUUUAAAUGGUUUUACUUGUUUUGCGUUUUGUACAUAUAUGUAGCUGGAUCACAGCUCCUCUGCUGGAACCUGCAGCACCGGACUCUGAUCCAGUCUGUUCAAACUCUGGAGUUCUGAGGUUCUAAAGGACAGCCUGGUGUAAUCUGUGGUUUACCUGUUAACACGUUAACACUUUUUGUUGUCUGAAUAAACUUGCGAGCCCCUUUUUUAUAUCUGAUUAUAAAUUUACAGUAAAUCUAUUUGAUUUCUGUUUUUAUCAGCUGUUUUUUUUUCUUUAA